GCUGCCCAGCAGCGCUGCUGUCCCCGCCGUGCGCACCUGUCUUCGCCGCAGCUCGCUCCCGCUCCACCUCCGAGCAUCCCGGAGCCAGCGGCUCGCGAGGGCGGCAGAGGGCAAGCCUAGGGCAGGCUCUGUCCAGGCCGGCGCAGGAGGCACAGUCCGUGAGGGUCGAGCACUGCGGCCACCAUGGUAGCCACUUGCCUGCAGGUGGUGGGCUUCGUCACGAGCUUCGUGGGUUGGAUCGGCAUCAUCGUCACCACGUCUACCAAUGACUGGGUGGUGACCUGCAGCUACACCAUCCCCACCUGCCGAAAAAUGGACGAACUGGGCUCCAAGGGGCUGUGGGCCGACUGUGUCAUGGCCACCGGUCUCUACCACUGCAAGCCCUUGGUGGACAUCCUCAUCCUCCCGGGCUACGUGCAGGCUUGCAGAGCUCUCAUGAUUGCUGCUUCGGUCCUGGGUCUGCCAGCCAUCCUUCUGUUGCUGACGGUUCUUCCCUGCAUCCGCAUGGGCCACGAGCCUGGAGUGGCCAAGUACAGGCGAGCCCAGCUGGCCGGGGUGCUCCUCAUCCUGCUGGCUCUCUGCGCCAUUGUCGCCACCAUCUGGUUCCCUGUCUGCGCCCACCGUGAGAUCACCAUCGUGAGCUUUGGCUACUCGCUGUACGCAGGCUGGAUCGGAGCUGUGCUGUGCCUGGUGGGUGGCUGCGUCAUCGUCUGCUGCUCCGGGGACGCACAGUCAUUUGGAGAAAACCGUUUCUAUUACUCCUCUGGCUCCAGCUCGCCAACGCAUGCCAAGAGUGCCCACGUAUAAGAGGGCUGCUCCGCUGCCCACCGAGGUGCUGGGCCUGGGGCCCUGGGUUUGCUCGCCGCCGCGCGCUGCC